AUGAGUUACCACGCGGCCCGCGCGUUGCUGGCGGACGAGGCGUCGAGCAACGCAGCGGGGAUGGGACUGGUGAACGUCUCCAUCGAGGAAUCGUAUCAGGUCAACGAGGACGCCUUCCACGACAGGAUCAUCAAGGUGAGGAACCCCGGCCAGCCCAACGUCUGCGCCUCCGAUGGCGCGCGCGUCUUUCCGCUCACAGAUUUUCCCGUACGCGGCCUCCCGACGCCAACUCGCGCUCACCUCUCCCUUUCCAAAACCCCUCGUUCCACCCCAAUCGCGCAGGAGGUCACCGCGGAUGAGUCGCACGAGCUCGUCGCCGCCUUCUCCAUGACGGUCAUGCUCACCAUCCUCCUCCUCGUCAUCAUCCUCGGCGCGACAAUCAAGCACUACAACAUAACGUGGCUCCACCAAUCCGGAGCCGCUUUAUUACUGGGCACCAUCGUCGGGUUCGUGGUGUGGUACGUGCGACGGGACCCGAUGUACCAAGACAACGGCACGGGCGAAUCGCAGCGGAUGACGAGCUUCGUGGAGUGGAUCAUGUUCGACACUGAGUUUUUCUUCCUCGUGUUGCUUCCACCCGUCAUCUUCGAAUCCGGGUACACCCUGAACCCCGAGACUCUGUUUCGAAAUUUCGACGCCAUCUCGGUCUUCGCCUUUCUCGGGACGUUCGUGUCCACGCUCGUCGUGGGGUUCAUCAUGUACGGCGCCGGGAUGGCGGGACUGGCGUACAGGUACACCCUACGGGACGCGAUGCUCUUCGGAUCGCUGAUUUCGUCCACCGAUCCGGUGACGACGUUGAGCAUCUUCAACGACAUGGGACUGGACCCGGACAUACACGCGGUGGUGCUCGGUGAGUCGCUGCUGAACGACGCCAUCUCGAUCGUGCUGUUCGAGGCGCUCUUCAUGUUCGGUCGGGAGAAGGCGGGCCGGGGGGCGACAGCACAGCUGUACGGGGCGCUGGACGGCGUGCCGAGCACCCUGGGGGUUGAUUCGCUCGGCGAAAAUUCGGAGUUGGCGACGGCGGUGAGCGCCGCGAUGGGGGCGCACGGCGGGUCAGCGCCCGGGACGGACGACGCGAGAUACUCGCACGGCGUCACCACGGAGGUUGCGUUCACCGAGCUCGCCAUCACCACCUUCAGCUCGUUCAUCGGGGUCUUCUUCAGCUCGCUGCUCAUCGGCGGCGCCGUCGGCGCGUGCAGCGCCAUGCUUCACAAGUACAUCUCCAUAACGGGCGAUUGGGACGAGGGCUGGGUCAUCGACUCCGCGUUGGUGCUGAUGUUCCCGUAUCUGGCGUACACGAUCGCGGAGUCGGCGAACUUGAGCGGGAUCGUGGCGGUGCUCUUCUGCGGGAUGGUGAUGGGUCGGUACACGCGACAGAAUCUGGACAAGGCUCCCCGGAUGGUCACCAUGUGCUUCUUCAAGCUGGUGGCGUUCCUGUCCGAGACGUUCGUGUUCAUCUACAUGGGGAGCAGCAUGUGCACGAUAUCUCUCACGCACCUCGUCACCGCGGUCAUCUCUUUAUUCGCCAUUUUCAUCGGCAGAGUCGCCAACGUCUUCCCCGGGUCGUAUUUGCUAAACGCCACUUUACGACCCACCGAGGAGUACGGGCGGCUGAGCCAAAACACGCAGAUGUGCCUGUGGUACUGCGGCUUGAGGGGCGCGGUGGCGUACGCGCUGGCGAUGAAGGCGGCUGCGACGUUGGGCGAACCCGGUCAGGCGAUGCUUUCGUCGACGCUGUUCGUCGUGAUGUUCACCGUGCUCUUCAUGGGGGGAAGCACCACGUACGUGCUGCAAAAGCUGGGCAUCAUCGACCACGCGCCGAGGUUCGGACCCGGGGGGCUCGCGAACCGAGGGAGAGGAGGUGGCGGUCAGAGCAGGGGACAAGGAGGGGGCAAGGAGGGCGCCGUCGGUUCUCUCGGGAAAGGGAUGGCGGGCAUCGCCGGGAACCCGAUGUCCCCGCCUCGGCCGAGCAACAAAAACCGUGUAGGGACAAACAACCCCCCCGGCACCCCCGGGGACCACACAGCCGUUACUAUGGGCGCCGACACGUCCACGCCGUUACUCUCGGAGAGCGAACACGCGGCGGAUCGACGCGAGCGAAGGCACAGGCGCGGCGGCGCGUACAGGGCGCUGAGACAGUUUGACUUUAAGUACCUGCAGCCGCUCCUGCUGGCGACGCCGAUGAAGCGGCUGCCGCGGGAGGAGCGACCGGGGCGUAAGGGCGAGUCGGGGUCGAACGGGGGGCGCGCGCAGGGGGAGGGGUACGGGAGCGGCGGAAGCAGCGGGCGGGGUUCGCCGGAGCGACCCGAGGGAAAAGGUUUGAGCCGCAACGCGUCGCACGGCGACUUGCCCGACGAGGUUUUCUCGCCACAGAUGAGUCACCACAAACCCGCGGAUUUCGCUCGGGCGACGGAGGCGGAGCGUUCCUACCGCGUGUUCGCCGCGGGUGGGCGGGAGGCGCGCGCAAACGGCUCGGGGGCGAAUAGACACAGGGUCAACGCGGACGGAACCCCGAUGUGGGGCACCGACGAGGUCUGACCGACGCACAACGAUCGACUGACUGUCAAAAUUUUUAAACAUCAAGAAAGACUUGUUUGUGAUUAAAAC